GAAAUUUCCAUUGCAACUUGUGGCUCGAAGUCCCAAGUCCGCUAUACAAAGUGAUCGUGAAGCCAAUGGAUUGGCAUUGUAGCUUUUGAGCCAAUCUUUGCGGAUUUUCCGUUGUUUCCGUUCGCCGGCGUUGCCAGAUCCAAGCAUCUGGCCACACUUCCAGCCCCAGCGUAGGCGGCAUCAACAGGCACACAGAUUGAGAUAAAUAAAUAAAUUGUAAAAAUAAAAACACUCAGAGAUUGGGCUAGUGACAGAGACACGAUGAACCGCUACGCGGUCAGCUCUCUGGUGGGCCAAGGCUCCUUCGGCUGCGUGUACAAGGCGCAGCGACGCGACGACGAAAAGGUGGUGGCCAUCAAAGUCAUUUCCAAGCGUGGGCGAUCGAAUCGAGAGCUGAAGAACCUGCGCAGGGAAUGCGACAUCCAGGCGCGCCUCAAGAAUCCGCAUGUCAUCGAGAUGAUCGAGUCCUUCGAGUCGAAAUUCGACCUCUUCGUGGUCACGGAAUUCGCGCUGAUGGACCUGCAUCGGUAUCUGUCCUUCAACGGGGCCAUGCCCGAGGAGCAUGCACGUCGUGUCAUCGGCCACCUGGUCUCGGCCCUGUACUAUCUGCACUCGAAUCGCAUUCUGCACCGCGACCUGAAGCCGCAGAACGUCCUCCUGGACAAGAACAUGCACGCCAAGCUCUGCGACUUUGGCCUGGCCCGCAACAUGACCCUGGGCACCCACGUGCUCACAUCCAUCAAGGGCACGCCGCUGUACAUGGCCCCCGAGCUGCUGGCCGAGCAGCCGUACGACCAUCAGGCGGACAUGUGGUCCCUCGGUUGCAUUGCCUACGAGAGCAUGGCCGGGCAGCCGCCCUUCUGCGCCACCUCCAUCCUGCAUCUGGUGAAGCUGAUCAAGCACGAGGACGUCAAGUGGCCGAGCACGCUGAGCAGCGAGUGCCGCUCCUUCCUGCAGGGCCUGCUGGAGAAGGAUCCCGGCAUGCGGAUCUCCUGGACGCAGCUGCUCUGUCAUCCCUUUGUCGAGGGCAAGCUCUACAUAGCCGAGGUGCAGGCAGAGGCCGCCCAAGCCUCGCCCUUCAUAAAUCCCAAGGCCCCCAAAGACCCGCCCAAGCGUGUCAAACAGUCCAGCCAGCGGACGGCCGACUUGAAUGACGUUCUGGCGGCGCUGAAUCUUGGCGAUGCGGCCAACGAGAAUCUGAGCACCUCCCGUGACAGCAUCAACGCCAUUGCCCCCAGCGACAUUGAGCAGCUGGAAACGGAUGCCGAGGACAACGGGCAUCGCGUGCUCGUUCCCUUCGCCGAUGUCUCCUUCCGGGACAUGCCCAACGCUUCAGUCACUUCCGAAGCUGCGGAAGGCGAAGGCGGCGGCGGUGGGCCGCUUGUCAACUCGCAGACCUGCUUCGUGAGCGGCAACUCCAACAUGAUACUGAACCACCUGAACGACAAUUUUCCCGUUGAGGUGCCGGCAACAUCAGGUGCAGGCGGCAAGGGUGUGGCCGCCAAGCUGAAGGCGGCCCUCAAUCUGCGGCAAUCGGCGCGCAGCAAGGACCUGGAGAAGCGCAAACUCAGUCAGAAUCUGGACAACUUCUCGCUGCGUCUCGGCCAGAGUAUUGACACUGAGGCGCAACGCAAGACCACGGAAAUGCUCACCGCCCAGGAGAGGAAAUCGCGCGACAAGGAUCCACAGCAGCAGCAACAGCAGCAGCAGCAACAGCUGAAGCAAUCGAUGCACUCGACCAACGACGAAAAGCUGAGCAGCGACAAUACUCCGCCCUGCCUGCUGCCGGGCUGGGACAGCUGCGACGAGUCGCAGAGCCCGCCGAUCGAGAACGAUGAGUGGCUGGCCUUUCUGCACCGCUCCAUACAGGAGCUGAUGGACGGCGAGUUUGACUCGCUGAAGCAGCACAAUCUGGUCAGCAUCAUUGUGGCGCCGCUGCGUAACUCCAAGGCCAUUCCCAAGGUGCUGCAGAGCGUGGCCCAGCUGCUCUCCCUGCCCUUUGUGCUGGCCGAGCCGCUGAUGCUGGUCGAUCUCGAUCUGAUCCGGAAUGUCUAUGUGGAUGUCAAGCUCGUGCCCAAUCUCAUGUACGCCUGCAAGCUGCUCCUCUCGCACCGCCAGCUGAGCGACUCGGCGGCAUCCGCUCCCCUCACAAUGGGCUCCCUCAGCCGCACCAUGCGCAGCAUACCGGAGCUGAGCGUCGAGGAGAUGAGCACCGCCUGCAGCCUGUACGAGCUGGUCUGCCACUUGGUGCACCAGCAGCAGCAGUUCCUCAGCCAAUUCUGCGAUGCGGUGGCCAUUCUGGCCGUCAACGAUCUCUUUCUCAAUUUCCUCACCCACGAAUUCAAGCACGCUGACUCGGACUCGAACUCGGUGCGGCUGGCGGGCUGCAUGCUGGCGCUGAUGAGCUGCGUGCUGCGCGAACUGCCCGAGAACGCCGAGCUGGUGGAGAAGAUCGUCUUCAAUCCCCGUCUGCGUUUCGCCGCCCUGCUCCAGAGCCGCCAUCAGCUGCUGCGCCAGCGCGCCUGCCAACUGCUACGGCUGCUGGCCCGCUUCAGUCUGCGCGGCGUGCACUGCAUGUGGGGCGCCGACCUGCGGAGCGCCCUGCAGGCCCUGGCCGAGCAGCAGCUAUGCCCGGCCAUACGCUUGGAGGCUGCCCAGACCCUGGACGAGCUGAGCCAAUUCAGUUUCUUUGUGGCCUAGCAGCCCACCGCUUUAUUCGCAUCACUCCUCUCUAGCCCUAGCCGAACAGUUCCUGCAGGUUGCCCUGGAAGUAGUCGAGCAGCUCGUCGAUGUAGCUCCCGAAGCGAUCGAAAUUGAGCAGAUAGCCCUCGUUGCAGUCCUGCUCGUACAUCUCGUUCAGCUUUGAGAUGUCUUUGUCGGAGAGGCCGCGUCGCUGGCCCAGCGAGGCGUACGGAUCCUGGCAGGAUUGGAGAUGAAAAGACCGACAUGAUAAACAGAUAUUAUGCAUUAAGCAAGGACAGACAUAGAUACAGCGAAGGAAAACGAGAGCACCCUCUAGGAAACUCUCUGCUCUCCAUGGAGAUUGUGCGUCUGAUUUAGAAGUAGUCGAGGGUUCU